AUGGUCUCUACCCGCAACAAGUGGUCGCGUCUUGCGGCGAUGCUGGCGCUCUGUGCUGCUUCCGCCAUGCUAUUGUCACUCUCGACUGCUCCUGUCGCACAAGCCGCUCCCAUGGCUGAUGCGCUCCAAUACGAGAUUCACGAGAAGCGAUCCGUCUACCCCAACUGGAACCGCGUUGGCAGGCUGGACAAGCGCACGCAACUCCCCAUGCGCAUCGCGCUGAAGCAAUCCAACAUGGAGAACCUCGAUGCUUUGCUCAGCGCUGUGAGCGACCCCAACUCUGAGCAGUACGGCAAGCACUGGACGCCAGAGCAGGUGCACGAGCACUUUGCGCCCUCUGACCACACGGUCAAUGUAGUCAAGAGCUGGCUCCAGUCUCACGGUUCUAUCGAUGCCUCGCGCAUUCGUCAGAGCGCCUCCAAGGGCUGGCUCGAGCUGCACGUUUCGGUCGCUGAAGCCGAGAGACUGCUCAACACCGAGUACCACGGUUGGGUUCACGCGUCUUCGGCAGGACGCGCAGCGGCGGACGUCAAGGUGCACCCUGCGGUCAUGAAUGCAUACUCUCUUCCUUCCCACAUUCGUGAGCACGUCGACUUCAUCACGCCUACGCUGCACUUUGACGUGCGUCCCGACCUCGAGAAGAGGGACCCGUCCGAGAACUUGGACCGCAUCUUGGAGAAGCGUGCCAAUGGCCAUGCGGUUAGACCCAUUGGUGCGCCUGGCUCAGGCUCGCUGCCAAAAGUGCGCCCCAUCCCUCAAAGCGCUUUCCCGCUGAUUGACGAACUCAAGGACUGCUCUAACAACGUCACUCCCAACUGUCUUCGAGCUCUGUACAAGUUCCCCGCCCUUCCUUCCUUCACACCCAUCAACCCCAAGAACGGUCUGGGAAUUGUCGAGUACACCCCUCAGUCGUACAUCGACACCGACCUUGACCUGUUCUUUGGAAACUACAGCAAAAAUCAAGUGCAGAAGCGGCCCAAGCUCGAAUCUAUCUCGGGCGGCAAGGUCGACUUCAACAACAAGAACAAUGACCUCAAUGCCGAGUCCAACUUGGACCUCGAGUACGGCAUGGCUUUGGUGAACCCUAUCCCAGUUACGCUGUACCAAGUCGGCGAAGGCCAAGCAGCCGACUCUUUCAACAACUUCCUGGAUGCUUUCGAUGCUUCCUACUGUGCUGGUGAUGAUCCCGUGCAAGACGGAGUCUACCCCGACCCCAAGACCGGUGUCCAGAAGACUUGCGGAACUUUGAAGGCCUUGCCUACCAUUUCCACUUCUUACGGCUACAAGUGAGUGUGGUGAGCCCGCAUUGCGAGAGGUUCGAUCGUCAACGCUAAUCUUCGUUGUGAUUCAACCUGCUCCGGCAGCGAGGCUGAUCUUACCCCCGAGUAUGAGGUUCGUCAGUGCAACGAGUAUGCCAAGCUCGGUCUGCAGGGCUCCACUUUCCUCUACUCGUCCGGAGACUACGGAGUCGCUGGUAACGGCGGACAGUGCAUCGAUCCAAGCACUGGUGACUAUACGGCUGGAACGAACAAGGGAGACAAAUUUAACCCUUCCUUCCCCGGUGGCUGCCCUUACGUUCUCUCCAUCGGAGCGACUCAAAUCACCCUGAAUCAGACCGUCCUCGCCCCAGAGACUGCUUGCAACUCCGUCAUCUACUCUGGCGGUGGUUUCUCCAACGUCUUUGGUCUUCCAGACUACCAGAGCAGCGCCGUCAAGUCUUGGUUCGCCACUGCACCUCAAGCCAAGGCCUACAGCUCGAUCCAGUACAACAACAGCCAAAAGACUCGCGGUUUCCCCGACGUCUCUGCCAACGGUGCUCGUUACGUGGUUGCGCUCGACGGAUCGUACAAGUACCACCUUUACGGUACCUCUGCCUCGGCGCCCACCUUUGCCUCUAUCCUGACGCUCAUCAACGAAGCCCGCUUCGCCAUCGGCAAGGGUUCCGUCGGAUUCGUCAACCCUGUUCUGUACAAGAACCCUUACUUGCUGACCGACAUCACCAACGGUACCAACCCUGGUUGCGGAACAGAGGGCUUCGCUGCAGUCAAGGGAUGGGACCCCGUCACUGGUCUCGGAACGCCAGACUACCCCAAGCUGCUCGCUUAUUUCCUUGCUCAUUGA